AAUGCCUACUAGUGCCGCCUGUGAUUCCGCUAUCUUACGCUUAUGUCCAGCAUAAUUGAAAUUGAUUUAAAAAAUGUUAAAUCUACACGUCAUAUAAUGAUUAAAAAACUUGAACGUCAAAUUACGAAAGUAAUCUUAUUUAAUAUGAUUUUUAAUCGCGUACAUCAUACCACAGUGCGAAAAAAAAUACAAUGUUUAUAACUCGUACAAAUUUUAAUCGUUACAUUUUGAUAAAUUUAUACUUGAUACUUAUCAAUUUUUAUACAAUCUUUUCAACACUGAAAUGGUGUUCAACUACAACUACUUUUUUUAUACAAAUGUAUGCCAUGUUUGUAAACGUUUUGGUGAAGGUGUUUCUUUAAAAAGAUGCGGUAAUUGUACAAUGAUCGCCUAUUGUUCCAAGGAACAUCAAAGAGAACAUUGGUCGCAGCACAAGGAUUUGUGCAAUGCAGUGCAUAAUGUUUUCCUAGAUAAUAGAAUGUCAAGCUUUUUAAGUAAUAAACAAGAUCUUUCUAUGGAAAAAUGGGCCCAGAUGAAAAUGAAUUUUAUGUUACUAGUAGCAAUGAAGAUUCCUAGAAAAUUAAAAUACUACGAAGAGCAGAUGUUUAAAUUUCUUAAAUCGUGCGCGGUAUGCCAUAAUCGGAAUGUGAAAGAGCUCAAGGACUGCCCCAAUUGUCCAAAUGCCAGUUUUUGUACAAAGCAUAAAAAUGAUACAAUGCACGAUAACAUUUGUUAUCUGUUGAAAUUAUCUUUUACAUUAGAUAUGGCUUUGAUAUUGCACAAAAGAAAAAUACCUGAAUUAAAAGUACCAUAUCGUACAGGACAUGUAAAUUUGCCACAAAAUAUGAAAUAUUUUAUAAAGGAAUACAUUAAAGCUCAAAAAGAUCCAAAUUUAUCAAUGGAAGAAGAAAUGAUGGUUAACGCAGAAUACCUUACACGGCCUUUAACUUUUCUUUAUGCAACACAAAAAUUACAAUAUUUCUUUAAGGAGGAAAACAUAAUUAUUCAUAUUAUUGCAGCUAAUGCGAUAGAAAUCGAUGGUAUAGAACUUUGGGAAAUUCUGUUGCAUUGGCUACCUAAUACCACUAUGAUAUCAAUUGUAUUAAUAGGACCUGAAUUGUCUCCAGGUUCUAUACCAAUAAAUCUUUGCAAAAAUUGUCGAUACAACGGCAGGCAACUUGCAAUCGAAAUGCAGAACAUGCUUUACGAGAAUUAUACGACUGGUAAUUCCUAUGUCAAACCAAAUUUUAUUAUUGGGUACAAUGCUGGAAUUCAUGAAUGCGAAAACUUUAAAUCUGAGAUGGAUACAUGGACAUAUACUUUGCGAAUGAUAACUAAACAAAAUUGUCCGCUUAUUCUAACAUCUUACACUUUAUCAGAAGCAGAAAAAGAGCAAAUCAGACUGGAAGCAAUUUUGGAUAGAGAUGUAAAAUGUACAUACUUUGAACAAAAUCCAUAUUCUAGUUUAAGACCAUACAGAGAUUUUGAAAGUGAAGGAGUGUACUAUCAAAAUCAAUACAUAAUUAUUUAUAAGAAUUUUAGGGCUCAAUGACGAUUGUUAUUUACAAUUAUAUACCCCAGUAACAUUAUGUUUAUUACAUUUGUACAAAUUUACCAUUUAAUAAAUAAUUACCGAUUACUUACCGAUAAAUACAAGUUUGAUUUAUUA